AUGGCUGAGAAGAACGAAAACCCAGAGCUCGCGACAGAGUCAGAAGCUUCCGAGUCGGGGGGAAAUUUCAUCAACGCCUCUGGCCAUACCCAAGAAUUGUCGCGAAACUUCAGUCUUGUUUCCCUCGCCGGUGUCGGCCUUGUCGUGGGCAAUGUAUGGCCAGCCAUAGGAGGCUCGAUAUUGGUCGCUAUCUUCAACGGCGGCCCACCCGGCGUGCUGUACGAAUUCCUCGUCGUCUCCGUCUUCUACUGGAUCGUGGCAGCAUGCAUCGCUGAACUUGCGUCUGCCAUUCCAUCUUCCGCCGGCGUCUAUCAUUGGGCCUCAGUCACUCCGGGAAAGCGAUGGGGCCGCGUCGUAGGAUUCUUCGCCGGAUGGUGGAAUUGUCUCGCCUGGAUUCUGGGUGCUGCGUCCAUGACAUCGAUUUUUUCAAAUACAGUCGUUCAGAUGUAUGCCCUGAAGCAUCCGGAUUUCGUUUCUCAGCCAUGGCAUGUCUUUGUUACCUAUGUGAUCGUUACCUGGAUCGCAUGCCCAAUAGUAUGUUUCUUCAACACGGCCAUGCCGCAUCUGAAUAAUGUGGGCAUUUUCUUCGUCCUCGCGGGUUUCUUGAUCACCAUCAUCGUGGUGACUGUCAUGCCAGGCCAGGACGGCCGACCCGGCCAUGCGUCUUCAUCCUUUGUUUGGACUGAAUGGACUGCCGACAUCGGGUAUCCUAAUGGGUUCGUAUUUGUUGCAGGUAUGCUCAACGGAGCGUUUAGCGUGGGAACCCCAGACACUACAAGUCAUCUUGCGGAAGAAAUCCCCUACCCUCAACGAAACGUGCCUAUCGCUAUUGCAUGCCAGAUGAGCAUCGGCUUCAUCACCGGCUUCUCCUAUCUGAUUGCUAUUCUGUACGCGAUCAACGACUACGACGCUCUCUUUGACUCCCCAUACCCGAUCGCUGAGAUCUACCGGCAAGCCACCGGGUCGGCCAACGGCGCCAUUGGCCUCCUUACACUCGUCCUGAUCUGCAUCGGCAUCUGCGUGUGUGGACUCUACAUUACGUGCGGCCGGACUCUAUGGGCACUUUCGCGAGACGGGGCGACGCCCUUCCCCAAGAUCCUGGGCACGGUUUCCCAGAGACUGGGUAUGCCGUUCAAUUCGACGAUCGUGUCCGCUGUCUUGGUCACGAUCCUUGGAGCCAUCUAUGUCGGCAGCACCACCGCCUUCAAUGCCUUUGUCGGAUCUUUCGUCCUGCUUUCAAGUUCCUCCUACAUUGCUGCGAUCUUGCCCCAUCUCCUGACCAAACGGCGCAACAUCCAAGUCUACGGCCCCUUCCACCUCAAAGGCGCCCUGGGCUUCGUCUUCAACUUCAUCGCCUGCGCCUACAUGAUGGUCUGGUUCGUCAUCUACUGCUUCCCGUACUACCUCCCGACCGACGCCCAGACCAUGAACUACGCCUGCCUGAUCUGGGGUGGAUUCACCAUCUUCGUCGCCGCGUGGUGGUUCCUGGGCGCCCGCAAGGGAUACCAGGGCCCGCCCAUGAUCACCGACGGCGGCAAGGUCCAUGUGGCCGACACGCUGAAGAAGGUGGACAUUCAGGCCGUGAGGAACAACAGCCUCAAGGGUGUCUAA